AUGAGCUACUACGGCAGCUGCUACCGAGGCCUGGGCUACGGUUGUGGAGGCUUCGGUGGCCUGAGCUGGAGCUGUGGCAGCUUCUGGAGACCGGGCUGGGGUUGGGGGGGCUACAGAGGUGGCUGCUGUCACCCCUGUUACUAUGGAAGAUACUGGUCUUCUGGCUUCUACUGA